AUGCAAUGGCCCGGGAAAUGCGGGUCUGCAGCUUCAGGAAAGAGCCAGGAGGGGCGAGCUACAGGGCGGGGUACCCCUCUUUCGCACCUGCCUCCCCCCCAGCUCAGCUUCGUCACACCUCACCUCACCAGCAGACGGCAAGAGCAACAGGCCACAAGGGCGGGUGUCUCCUGCUCUCUUGAGUCUCGACCUUGGGUGCUGUGUGGCCGUCCCAUGUGCCUCUCUCCUGUCAUUGCCAUACCAACUGUGCCAACCCAACCCCAACCACAACCAAUACGCUCAUCCAUCCGACCACCUUAUUCCAGACGCGAACGUGCCUUGCUGUUCCAGUUCAACCCCUCUUCCAAGUUCAAGGUGUGA